AUGAAUGUAGCAUUAAGAAGAGUACAGAGUUUAGAUCAAACUUUGUUUCUACAGGUUAAUAAGAUAAGAGACUGUUGUCCCGACAUCCCACUUGGCAAAUCAGCGGUUCUACGGCAAAUGACUCCACGAGAAAUGAAUACGUUGUACAUCUGUAGAGAACAUAUUCGAAGCAACAUCGAUCCCGAGGAAUUACUUGUGUCAAUAAGUCAACAUCCGGUCAAAGACCUGCAGUUCAUACAUUUUUUCCGGAAUCUAAAACGCAUGGUACAUGAUGCUCAGUUUCAGAAUCCUCGAUUAGCUCUUAGGCAAUUAGCGAACAGGUUCGUGGACCAAAUGCAAAACGAAACAAAUCCAGUUCGGAGACAGUUAUUAGCCGACAAAUGUAUCGCUAUUAUUGGGACAGAAAUCGACGCAAUUGCUAUAACAUUUGAUAAACGCCUUCACGAACACGACGUAUUUACACAGAUGAAACAACUAGUCUCCGAAACUAGCAACACAUCUAUUACAGACGUCGUUUAUUUCGGUCGUUUAGCUAACGCAAAUUCAAUAGCUGGAAAUUUUCAUAACAGUGAAGACAUGCUAACUGAAGCCCGAUGUAGGGCAUACAAUACUGGGCCAUGUUUAGAACUCGUGAAUAUGCUGUAUACAGAAGUCUACGUGAAGCUGUGGGAGUUUGAAAAAUAUCCGUCGGAAAAGCUAAGAAAGCAGUUGAUGAUGUGGGGAAGAAUAGGGAUUGAAAGUCUUGAACAUGAAGAUGUAGAUACCAAAACUUUCUGGAGACGAAUGUUUAUAUUACGAAUGGCCUUUUGUCUUCUUGGGAUUGGGAACAGGGCAAAUGUUAUUGAAAACUGUCCGGUUGACAAAGAUUGUUUGUCUCAAGCGAGAAAUCUUCUGAGUGACAUUGAUCGCACCUGGUACGGUAUUGAAACCAGGAGAAAGAUGUUUUACUUUGUCGCUAAAGCAAGACUUGGUGAAUUAACAAAUAGUAUUACGGAAUGCAUUGAAAAUAUCAAAGUUGCACGUAAACUAGCCAACGAUGGACAUUUUGAGGAAAUUAAAUUCAUCGCAGAAUAUUAUGAAAAAGUCACACAGCAAAUUGGAAACCAGACGGCAAGGCAAGCGCCCACUGAAAGAUAUCAAACGAGGAAUUUUGUGCUGCUUAAACGUGAAACGAAUGACUCCGCGAUUUCUGCAGAAGAAAGGUGUAUAUUAGCUGCAGCAGAUGAACACCGAGAAUUUGUUUUAUUGAAAAACGCAACUGAUAUACUCUUUUCUGUAGAAGAAAGUUAUGAAAUAUGCGAAGAAAUUGACUCGAAGAAAUACUUUUCGCUAACAAAUGUAAGUCCUUGUUCGAACACUAAACCACUGACUUACAAACCGAUCGCUUGUGAUGAAGAGAACAACUUUGUUCUGUUUAAGUCUUUCAAGGCGCCUAUAGAUCCUGGGCAAAAUUAAAAUACAAAUGAUAUCCAGCGAUCCAGUGUUUAUAAUAAUCCAUCACAUGAGCUUCCUGACAGCCCAACUUUCACAAGAAACUUCGUUUUGCUACAUACAUCACAUGACGGUUCUGUGCUACCGCUGUUUGAUGACGAUAUGAUACCAACUUGUCCUACAGACAAUGUUCAAUUCAUGAGUCUGACUGCUACAGAACAAGCGGUGGCAUUAAGUAAUCAGCUGGUUUUAACUGACUUACAUAACCGAUCACACAAUUUCUUAUUGAUCAAUUCACAUGAUUCAGACUCUAUUCAUAGGGAAAUAUCACCGAACUUCUGUAAUCAAAGACUUUUGUCUUGUGUUCUGCCGCAAAGACUUGAAUCAUCAACUUCCAUUGCGGAACAAGUCGAAAACAUUGCAAAUAAUGACCCUGGGACAGACAUUAAAGAGACCUUCUGCCAACACAAUCGUCUAAUGAGCCUGAAAGACGAUCCGCCACAGUUUACACAUGUCGGAAGUACAAGACAUGAACAACAAUACUUUCAAGCAAGGGAAGCAUCUGUCAUUAGUGGUGCCUGAAACUUUAGAACAUGUUUCUUCUUCACAGCUGACCAGCAGCUAUAUACCGUCAGCGGCAGUACGUCAUAGAUGUAUUGUGAAUCCUCAUGAGGGUUCGACAUUUAUUCCGGCACCAUCAUUCGAGCAAAGACAACCAACACUUAACCAGACAGUUCGUGCAGUGGUAACACCAUCUGAUGUGAAAGGCAGAUACGUCACAAUAGACCCUGAUCAUAAAUUGAAUAUUCAGUUUAAAGAAUCAUCUGUAGAUACUUCAGGUACUAAUGAAUUUGAGCCAACAUCGGACCUUAUUCCAGCUGAUGCUUACCAUGACUUACCAAGAUAUUAUAUGGUACAACCGGAUGAGAAUACAGCAACGGCUCCUAUGCUUGGUGACAGAUCAGAACCAAGUGGAUGCUCUGGAGAAGGUAAUUUUGAAAUCCUUCCCAGUCAAACCAACUCAAAUAUGUCCAAAGAAAAUAAACAUGAAAGCUCUGUUGUCGACCCAGAAAACUCGGAGGUACAAGCAUGAUCUUUUCAAAGUGAUGAAAUGUUUGGGGAUUAGCAGAAUCUUAAAGAAAAAAUACGUUACUGCAUUUGGUUCAUUGAUUAACAGAACGUUCGUUAGACAGCUACAAUCUAAUAAUUAUUGUUAGUUUUUCCUUGUAAACAACAUCAUACAAUACACCCAGUUUUAGUCAUUACAAUUAACCUUUAUUUCGCUAAAUUUCUAAAAUGGACUGGUCUAUUAUUCAAUUUGGGCAGUGCCAUUUAUUAUUCGAAGGGGUGUUCAAUCAAAAUUUACUGACUGAACAGCGAAAAGGGCAGACCAUGAUCAGUCUGCAUGGACGUACAGCCUGAUCUUGGUCUGCACUGAUCGCAAAGGCAGAAUCACUUGCCACCAGCAGGCUAAAGGUUAAAACUGAACAUUGUCGGACAUUCAGUUGAUAAUCAUUGAUAACUGAAGACAUGCACCAGAAGACUUUUUAGUCUUUUGUCUUCUGUCUGAACGUUGUUGAACAUAUGCAUUGAUCAGUAUGUUAAAUUUUACAGUUUUUAUUUUUUCAUUUGUUAGUUUAUCAAUUCCUUAGCUAAACUGAGUAAACUUCGUAAAAUCAUAAAGAUGUACAUUUAC